CAGGAAAUGAGAUUUGUGGAGCGAAGUUAUGUCUCAAAACCCACUUUGAAUGAAGUGGUCAUAGUAAGCGCUGUGAGAACGCCCAUCGGGUCCUUCCUCGGAAGCCUCUCCUCACUGCCGGCCACAAAGCUUGGCUCCAUUGCCAUUCAGGAAGCCAUUGAAAAGGCAGGGAUUCCAAAAGAAGAAGUGAAAGAGGCGUACAUGGGUAACGUCCUGCAAGGAGGUGAAGGCCAGGCCCCCACGAGGCAGGCAGUGCUGGGUGCAGGCUUACCAACUUCUACCCCAUGCACCACCAUAAACAAAGUAUGUGCGUCGGGAAUGAAAGCCAUCAUGAUGGCCUCUCAAAAUCUUAUGUGUGGACAUCAGGACGUGAUGGUGGCAGGUGGGAUGGAGAGCAUGUCCAACGUUCCGUACGUCAUGAACAGAGGAGCAACACCAUACGGUGGCGUGAAGCUGGAAGAUCUGAUCGUGAAAGACGGGCUCACCGAUGUCUACAAUAGAAUCCACAUGGGCAACUGUGCUGAGAAUACAGCGAAGAAGCUGAAUAUUGCACGAGAUGAACAGGAUACUUAUGCGAUUAACUCUUACACCAGAAGUAAAGCAGCAUGGGAAGCUGGAAAAUUUGGAAACGAAGUUAUUCCCGUCACAAUUGCAGUAAAAGGUAAACCGGAUGUAGUGGUGAAAGAAGACGAAGAAUAUAAACGUGUUGAUUUUAGCAAAGUUCCAAAGCUGAAGACAGUUUUCCAAAAAGAAAAUGGCACAGUGACAGCUGCCAACGCCAGCACACUGAAUGACGGUGCAGCCGCAGUGGUGCUGAUGACGGCUGAGGCAGCCAGGAGGCUCAAUGUUAAACCGCUGGCAAGAAUAGCAGCGUUUGCUGAUGCCGCCGUAGAGCCUAUUGAUUUUCCAAUUGCGCCUGCAUAUGCUGUGCCUAAGGUUCUUAAAGAUGCAGGAUUGAAAAAAGACGACAUUACAAUGUGGGAAGUCAAUGAAGCCUUCAGUCUGGUUGUGCUGGCAAACAUUAAAAUGCUGGAAAUCGAUCCCCAAAAAGUGAAUAUCAAUGGAGGAGCCGUUUCAUUGGGGCACCCGAUUGGGAUGUCUGGAGCUAGGAUCGUUGUUCACUUGACUCAUGCCUUGAAGCAAGGCGAAUAUGGUCUUGCCAGUAUCUGUAAUGGAGGAGGCGGUGCUUCUGCUAUGCUGAUUCAGAAGCUGUAGACAGCCCUGCCGUCCCAGGAGACAAGCCUGUGUGACCAGAAGGCCUGCUGUGAUCAGUGUGACGACCCUGCAUCAGCUUCUGCUCAAAAUAAGCUAUUUCAUUUUUUUAAAUUAUUUUCUUUCAACUCUUUUUUAAUAAAAAAUCAAAUCCCAACAC